CCGCACAGAGACAGCGACGGUCAUGCGAACGGAGAUUAGCAUAUUUUGUGAAUCGACAACAACUGCAGGGUCCACUUUCGCUCAGUUAGUUGGCAAAUUUAGUUCAACCUAAAAGGGGGCGUCGUGCGUUUUUCGCGUGAACGAUCGAAUGCUUCAAACUUAUUGAUCGAAGAAUCGUGGUUCUUGUUUAAUUCGAUAUAACUGUGAAUUGCAAAAAUGGCCUCUCGCGUUUUGUCGUUUUCCAGCAGCCCGAAGCAUGCGGCUAAGUUUACGGAAUUACUCGCUCGAACGUUCUGCAGUGGCCCGAAAAAUGUGGGAUUCAUCGGUUUGGGUAACAUGGGCGGACCUAUGGCUAGUAACCUGAUGGCAAAGGGUCAUAAGCUACAUGUCUUCGAUAUCUCGGCGGACGCAAAAGAGGCAUUGAAGGCCAAGGGGGCAGUCACCUACGACAAUGUGUCGGACCUGUCCAAGGCUUCGGACUUCGUCAUCACAAUGUUACCGAACAACGAUAUUGUGGCGAACACCUAUGACACAAUUCUGUCCGGUGGCGUCAACACCAAGACAUUUUUCGUGGAUUCCAGUACUAUCGAUCCCAAUGUAGCCAAAGCCGUGCAGAAGAAAGUUAAAUCAGCUGGUGCGACCUUCGUGGACGCUCCCGUGUCAGGAGGUGUACCAGGGGCAAAAAAUGCCACGCUGACCUUUAUGGUAGGCGGUACCCAGGAGGAAUAUGACCGCGUGAAAAGAUUGCUUGAAGGCAUGGGUAAAAAGAUUACGCAUUGUGGAGGUUAUGGCAUGGGACAAGCCGCCAAGGUGUGCAACAACAUGAUGUUAGGUAUCUCGAUGUGUGGUCUAGCAGAGUGCAUGAACUUGGCCAUUAGACUCGGUUUGGACCCGAAGGUAUUCAGUGAUAUCAUCAACGCAUCCACUGGUCGUUGUUGGGCCUCUGAAAUCAACAACCCAGUGCCUGGAGUGAUUCCAACUGCUCCAGCAGCGAAUGCGUACGCAGGAGGUUUUGCCACGGGUCUGAUCACAAAGGAUCUAGGUAUAGCUUCGGCGGUGGCAACCACUUCCAACACGCCAAUUCCGUUAGGUGCCCUUACUCACCAGAUCUACCGCACGCUGAUGGCAAAAGGUUUGGCGAACAAGGAUUUCUCGGUGGUUUACGAUUUUAUUAAGAAUGAAGAUAAAGCCUAAGAGGUAUCGUGUGAUGGCCAGGGGUCGUUCUUUCAAAAAGCAAAACGUCUUCCAGAGAGUGCAUUUACUAUUUUAACGGACAUACAGAACAUAUAAACAUACAGACAUAGUUUUAUUUUCGAAGAACACCUUUUGUAAUACAAUGAUCCAUUUUUUCUUA